GGAAUCUAGCUGCUACCACAAGGGCUAUAACUGAUGUUUAUUCUGAAUCCGUUUGUAUGUUUUUUCUCCUUUUCGUGAGAUUGUUUCUGUUAGAUCUCUAAUGCGGAAGAGAAUGACAGCGGGGCGUGUGUCCUAUGACAACAGAUAAUCUCCUGACUGCAGCAUGGAGGCGCGGAGCAGAGGGAUCUUCUCUUUUAGAAAGCCGGAUACCCAGGGCGCUGUGCUGCUGAGGAAGAGAAAAUCUAAACUUUAUAACCAGGAUAAAGCUAGUGCUGAGUCCGGAGGAGGACUAUUUGGAAAAAAUGUUUACCUGGUCUUGCUAACAAUCUCCUUCCGCAUUCUUAAUUGCUUUUUGGUUCAAACAAGCUUUGUUCCGGAUGAAUAUUGGCAAUCUCUAGAAGUUGCACAUAAUAUGACCUUUAACUAUGGUUACUUAACAUGGGAAUGGAAUGAACGGCUAAGAGGAUUUUCAUAUCCCUUGGUAUUUGCCAGUGUAUAUAAAAUCUUGUACUGGCUUGGCAAAGAUGAAGUCUGGUUGCUGAUUUGGAUUCCUAGACUGCUGCAGUCUGUGCUGUCUGCGCUUGCAGAUGUCAAACUUUAUACUCUUCUAAGGCACCUGGAAAAUGCAAAUAUAGCAAAGUGGGUGUACUUUUCCCAGCUCUGUUCAUGGUUUACAUGGUACUGCUCCAGCCGCACUCUAACUAACACAAUGGAAACUGUACUCAGCACUUUUGCUCUGUAUUAUUACCCUCUGGAAGGAUCAAGCAGAAAGAACAGCACCAAAUAUUUGAUUUUUGUAGCUUUCGCAUUCAUAAUUCGACCAACUGCUGUCAUUUUGUGGGUGCCUUUGCUUUUCUACCACUUUGUAAAACAACAGAAGAAAGUAGACUUGAUUCUACAACAGUAUGCUCCUGUUGGACUGUUUACUGUUGGUGCAUCUUUAAUAGUAGAUCGUAUAUUUUUUGGUGAGUGGACAUUGGUUCAGUGGAACUUUCUAAAGUUUAAUGUGCUGCAGAACAUUGGAUCCUUCUAUGGGUCUCAUCCAUGGCACUGGUACAUCACCCAAGGUUUUCCGGUCAUCUUGGGCUCUCACUUGCCAUUCUUUUUUCAUGGCUGUUUCCUGACACCCAGACGAUAUAGAAUUCUCCUUGUCGCUGUGGCUUGGACAUUGCUAAUUUAUAGUAUGCUGAGCCAUAAAGAAUUUCGCUUUAUUUAUCCGGUGCUGCCACUCUGCAUGAUAUUUUGUGGGUUUUCAAUUUCACGCUUAAAGAAAUGGAAGAAACCAGCUAUAAGCUUCCUGGUUUUAUCAAACUUACUGCCUGCCCUAUAUACUGGAUUAAUACAUCAGAGAGGGGCACUCGACAUCAUGGUCCACAUUCAGCCGCUCUGUAAAACUAACUCCACAACAUCCCUAUUUGUUCUGAUGCCAUGUCACUCCAUUCCUUAUUACAGCCAUGUUCAUUGUCCUUUACAUAUGAAUUUCCUUGAGUGCCCCCCGGACCUAAAGGAUUACGAUGCUUACAUUGAUGAAGCAGAAUUAUUCUAUAUGAGUCCCUUGGCUUGGCUCAAUGCAGAGUUUUUUAAUACAACAUUACUACCAACCCACCUGAUCAUGUUUAAUGUUCUAGAAAAGGAAAUAAAGUCAUUUCUCACUACAAACAACUAUGUGAGAACAGCAGAAGUAUUCCACACCCAUGUACCAGAAGGGCGUAUUGGAAGCCACAUAUUCAUGUAUGAACGGAAGUCUAAAUGAAUUUAUGCAUUUACUGAAGAUGUGAAAAAGCUUGAUUGAAAACAAUCUUCUGUGUUUCUCAAAUAAGCAGAAAUAGGGUAUUUUUUCUGAUGAUUGAUGCAACAAAAAUGAGACUUGUACAGCAUAAAUAUAAAUAUGUAUUAAUGUAUUUGUAAAGCAACGGAGAUCAACCAAAAUAAAAUAUUUUUUUACUCAG